UCAGCGGGGUCGUAUAAGAGGCGGCCGGCGAGCUGCGCCUGCAAACCUGCCUGAGCCGAACCUGGAGGACGUUCUGUCUGCGCCGAGCCGAAGAAGACGCUGCGCUGGACGACAUGCUGUUCUGUCACCCCCAACCCGAGCCCUACCACCACAACUCCAGCUGCUACAUCAGAGACACUCUGGCUCCUUUCCUGAAGAACGAAGAAGCUCGGCUUCUGGCUGAAAAUGGCGCCAAACGGACGCCGUUUCAGUACGUUCUGUGCACCGCCACGUCGCCGGCCGUCAAGCGGCAGGACGAGACCCUGACUUACCUGAACCAAGGUCAGUCCUACGAAAUCCGCAUGCUUAACAGAAAACUAGUGGAGUAUUCAGAUAUAAGCAGCAAAUAUGUGAAGAGCAUCGUGCGCGUAGUGUUUCACGACCGCCGGCUGCAGUACAUGGAGCACCAGCAGCUGGAGGGAUGGAGGUGGAACAGACCCGGAGACCGAAUCUUGGAUAUAGACGUCCCGCUCUCGGUGGGGGUUCUGGAGCCUCACGCGGACCCUCUGCACCUCAACACCAUCGAGUUCCUCUGGGAUCCUCAGAAGAACGCCUCUGUCUUCAUCCAGGUGAACUGCAUCAGCACCGAGUUCACCCCCAGGAAGCAUGGCGGGGAGAAGGGGGUCCCUUUUCGGAUCCAGGUGGACUCCUUCUCCACCAACGACCACGGGGAGUACUUGGAGCACGUCCACUCCUCCAGCUGCCAGGUCAAGGUCUUCAAGCCCAAAGGAGCGGAUCGUAAACUGAAGACGGACCGGGAGAAGAUGGAGAAGAAGAACCCUCAGGACAGAGACAAGUACCAGCCGUCCCACGAGACCACCCUGCUCAGAGAGUGCUCGCCGUGGCCCGAUGCCCUGAUCCUUACGAGCCACAGCUGCACCAGCACCCCGUCACCCGUUUACCACAGCUCACCAACAACCUGCAGUUUCCCUGAUGGCAACUGUUCUCCAAACCAGCAAGGGGAGGUGUUCAUGCCUGGCUGCUCUGAUCGUCUCCUGCCGUCGUCCUCGCUGCAGGACACUCAGCAGUGGCUGCACCGUCACAGGUUCGCGGCUUUCUCAAGGCUCUUCUCCAGCUUCACAGGAGCAGAUCUGUUGAGGAUGAGCAGAGAGGAUCUAAUCCAGAUCUGUGGUCCGGCUGAUGGAAUUCGCUUCUUCAACACCAUGAAGAGAAGGUCAAUACAACCCUGCCUGACCAUCUAUGUGUGCCAGGCGCUGAGCAGAGGUCAAACCAACAUCAAACCAGGAGGAGGUGAGGUUUACCACGCUCUGUAUUUGGAGGAGCGGACUCUGAUGGACCUGUCUGAAAAGAUCGCCGUCCUCUACAACAUCACUCCACAACAAAUCGCACAUAUCUACAGAAAGAACAGCUCCGGGAUUCACGUCUUAGUUUCUAAUGAGAUGGUACAGAACUUCAGGGAUGAAGCGAGUUUCAUAAUCAGCACAAUAAGAGGUGAAAACACAGACGGGUACCACAUAGUGUUGAACUAA